GUGAACGUGCUGGGUCUGAGCAUCUGCACCAGGGAGGCCGUGCAGGACAUGCUGAAUAGAGGUGUCGACGACGGCUUCAUCAUCCACAUCAACAGUUUGGCGUGCCACCUUCCCACAUUCGACGAGGUGUACGCCAUGUACUGCGCCAGCAAAUACGCCGUCAAGGCGCUGCUCGACGGACUGCGCCUCGACCUGGUCACCAGGAAGAGCAACAUCCGUGUCGGGCAAAUAUCUCCCGGUGUAGUUAUCACGGAAAUUUUUGACAAUCUGACAAAACUCUCGAAAGAAGCAGCCCUGGCGAUGGCGCAUUUCCUACCAGAGGACGUGGCAGCGGCCGCGGUGUACAUGCUGUCCCAGCAACCGCGCGUGCAGGUUUACGACAUCAUAUUACGGCCUACUGGAUCGGCGUUUUAGCUCUAGAUGUCAUAGCUUUUUCUGGUUUCGAGAAGAUAAGCAUAUCCAGAAAUUUAUAAGCCUCUAGAAGCAACAUGCAUUUGCUUGUUCAUUACACUAUUUUUAUUUGGCUGAGUAAGGAAAUAAAAGAAGAUUCCCUGUGAUGUGUAAUUCAGAGAAUAUGUAGAAGAGUGAGACUUUAGUACGUUACGACGUACCUCUCUUAAUCAAGGUGGACUGUAUAUUUUGUAAAUUACCGGAGGUGUGACAGAUCAUUCGUAAUUGUAAUACAGCAGUAUUGAGAAUUUGAGAAAUGAAUCAAUCCAUAAAAGGAUAGUAGUAAGUUUUGACACUGAAACUAAUGUACAUACUACUUUUGAACUCUCAACAAAUUCUUAGAACUAACAUCAUUAUACACUCCUAGCAGACAUAAAGAUAUUAACUGCAUAAAAUAACAAAAUGGAAACAGUAGAGAGCU